CUGCUGGGCUGGGAUGUCGGGAGCAGCACGGUGCAGAUCGGGCUCUCCCGAGACAGUGUUGCCGGUGAGGUGUUACGGGCGGUCGUAUCCCGUCGCUGCCCCUCACUGCUUUUCUGGGCACUAACUUCACUCUUUACACUUUUGAUUUUGGUUUUUUUUUUCCCUUUUUGCAUCCAGCAUAUUGUCUCGAUGCAGUUUCUCUGAAAACCGAACUGGGCUGAAGCUCUGGCUUUGCCCUCUUUCCUUGUGCUUAGAAGUUAAGUAGAAUUCAGCAAUUGAAGGUUAAAGGCAGUAUUAAUCACAAAGCUGUAUACCCUCCCUGAGUACAUAAUUACUAUCUAGAGAGAUGUGUGCUCAAAGAUUCCGAGGGUAGCUAGGAAACAAAUGCUCUUAGGAUUAUAGUUCUGGUAAUUUAGGACUGCUGCUUCUGCUUUUGAUGUCUCAUUAUUUAUAGACUGAUCCCCAAGACUCAGACUUGCGUACGUUCUCUGGAGACUGUCCUGUGUGCUUUCACGCAGUGCAGAGGGAUGGGUAAUGUGCUUUCUGUGAGCAACUGGAAUGGCACUUAGUAGAAUUGUCUGCAGCUGUGGGAGGGGAGGAGCAAUGCAAAAAAGUGGGCAAAAGCUAUAAAUGGUUUUAAACAAACGGUGUAACUUGAAAUUCACCCUAAUUUUAAAGAGGACUAAAACCCACGUCUGGUAGUUCUUACCCUUACAAUUUAUUCUGUGGCUCUUGCUGACUCCUGUGAUUUCGUGAUUUAUUCUGAAAUCUGUUUUGAAAUCUCUCUUCCUUUCCAACAAAUGAGACAUAGAAACUGGCACAUUCAUCAGUUCUGUCCAAUGCUCCUGCAAAAAUACCCUUCUCUGACACCUGAAGGUUAAGUUAGCAAAUGAGUGAAGGGGAAGACAUCUGCGUGUUAGAAGUUGAGAUCAGAAGUCAAUUUACGGACACUGGAAUCGAUGACUUUAAGCCCGCAUCUAUUGAUAUGUCCUGUGAAGGAGACCUUGAAGUUGGCAAAGGUGAACAGGUGACAAUAACACUGCCAAAUAUUGAGGGGUCAACUCCACCAGUGACUGUGUUCAAGGGCUCAAAAAAGCCUUACCUAAAAGAAUGUAUCUUAAUUAUCAACCAUGACACUGGAGAAUGUCGCCUAGAAAAACUUAGUAGCAACAUCACUGUGAAAAAAACCAGAGCUGAAGGAAGCAGUAAAGUCCAGUCUCGCAUAGACCAGCAACAGCAGCAAAUGCGAAAUGCAGUGAAAGUUCCAAACAACAUCAAAAGUUCUCCACCGAAAGAAAAGAUGUUUCCAUCUUCUCCUAUGGAUGAUAUUGAACGAGAGCUGAAAGCAGAAGCCAGUAUCAUGGACCAGCUGAGUAGUUCUGACAGUUCAUCUGACUCUAAAAGUUCUUCAUCCUCUUCAUCAAGUAGCGAAAAUAGUUCUAGUGAUUCUGAAGACGAGGAAAUGAAGCCCUCUCUUCCCAUGUCAAUGCCGUAUGUGCAGCCGCAGCCUACUGUGUCUGCCAUACCACAGCAGGCUGUCCCUGACAAAGAUGCCAGUCAUAACAGAUCCCAAGAGAGCAGUGGUCAUAUGAUGAAUACACUACGAAAUGACUUGCAGCUGAGUGAAUCUGGAAGCGAUAGUGAUGACUGAACACAUUUUUGGCCUUAAACGUAUCACCUUUUUUGCUAAACAUGUCUUAGCAUCUGUUUUGCACUAAGAUUAGAUUACCAGAGACUGGAAUGAAUGUCCUUGAUUUUGAUAAUAGACAUCCUAAUUUUCUACUGACAUGUCAUGUCUAUAAUACAGCAGCAUUGAUAACCUGUCAGUGCUAUGGUUAUGAGUUUAUCUCUCAAAUUACUGUAUUUACAGUAAAAUUGUGUAUGACCUGAUUUUGAUUAUUUUUGCCUCAGCCACCUGUUUUACUUGAAACUGAUUUGUAACAGCUAGUUACUUUAUAUAAAUAGUUAUGGAAUGGAGAAAUUUCUGAUAUUUAUGGAGGCGAGUUUCCUUCCUAUGGUUGAAAUGUUGAAUGCUGAUCUCACAGCUUUUACUUGGAGGGAGUGAAAGGGAGAACAACUAAAUGAGGUCUGCUGUGUCAGCGACACUUUUUGUUCAGUUCACAGUUUAUACCUUCAAGGAAACUGCUGAAUAAUGUGGUCCACUAGUGCAGUUACAGUUUACAAUUGUUCAACACAUUGCUGAAAUCUUAAUUUCAUUGUAUUAUAGGACUUUAUAUUUCUGAGCCUCAAGAUUCCUGAGGGAACUUGUCUAUUCUCUGCCUUUUUUAUGUAACUUGAAUAGGCUGCUCUUUCUACAACCUUUUUGUACCUAAAUUUAGAUAACUGCAGAAACAGCAAUGAAUUUCCUUCAUUUAAUUGUCAUGAGAAUCAGAAAUUUUCU